GGUAAAAAGGGAGUCUAUGAAUGAACCAUAAUAAAGGAAGAGAGGACGCUCCCCGCAAAAAUAAAGGGGAAAGGGAUGAAAUGAAAGGGAAAAAAGAGGAGGGAAAGAGAGAGAGACAUGGGAGAGCGCGUGAAGUGUCCGCCGAUCAAACGGGAGCCCCCUUCCCUCCAACGCAAGCGAGCGAGCCAGGGUCAGCUAAAAUCCAACCGCAACGAACCGAAGCAGAGCACGCGAGCAGUUUCCAUUUCCGGCCAUCCGACCCUGGGGCGAGCCGAAAGCCCCCUCACCUCCAUUCCCUCCAUGGCAGCCACCCUCCUUUACUCCCCCCAACCUCCCCCCGGCCAUGGCAUUCACGCCCGCCCAUAAAGAUCGCCACCACCACAGGCCGCUGCCGCUCCCAGCCGUCCACACUCCACAGAGACAAGGGAGGAGGAGUCUUCCGGGUCUUGGGUGCUCCUGGGUCCUCUUUCUUUCUUCUCGGCGAGCGAGGAGCUUGUUGGGAUGGGGCGCGGCAAGAUCGAGAUCAAGAGGAUCGAGAACUCGUCCAACCGCCAGGUGACCUUCGCCAAGCGCCGGGCCGGGCUGGUGAAGAAGGCCCGCGAGAUCGGCGUGCUCUGCGACGCCGAGGUCGGCGUCGUCAUCUUCUCCAGCGCCGGCAAGCUCUACGACUUCUGGACGCCCAAGACCACGCUACCGAGGAUCUUGGAGAAGUACCAGACCAACUCCGGCAAGAUCCUGUGGGACGAGAAGCACAAGAGCAUCAGCGCAGAGAUCGACAGGGUGAAGAAGGAGAACGACAACAUGCAGAUCGAGCUCAGGCAUAUGAAAGGCGAGGAUGUGAACUCCCUGCAGCCCAAGGAACUGAUCGCCAUCGAGGAAGCUCUCACGAACGGCCAGACCAACCUCAGGGACAAGAUGAUGGACCACUGGAAGAUGCACAGGAGGAAUGUAUGGGCCCUAAAUUUACCACUGCUCUUUGCAUUUCCUUCUGUACACCAUGGGAGUUUCUUGAAGAAGAAUUUGCAAAGAUCUGCUUUUUAUUGGCAAAGAAAAUUCUGAUCAUGCUCCUCCUUUGUGAUUUACCGCAGGAGAAGAUGCUGGAGGAGGAGCACAAGCUGCUGGCUCUGAGGAUGCACCAGCAGGACGACCUGAGCAGCGGCAUGAGGGAGAUGGAGCUCGGGUACCAUCAGGGUAGGGAUUUCACUUCCCAGAUGCCGUUCACCUUCCGGCUGCAGCCCAGCCACCCCAACUUGCAGGAAGACAAGUAGGCCACCGAAUCCUGCCACGGCCUGUGUCAACUGAAGCUCCUCUACCUGCAGGCCACAACUGCCAGCUUCAAUUUCCUUGUGCAACCUUAAAAAUGUAUCUUCCUUUUCAUGUCUGGCUUGAUGAACUUAACAGCGCUAGUUGGUUCCCAGCACAUAACUUUAACUAAGACAGUUCCUGUCCCUGUCAA